AUGACGUCGGUCGAGGCAAAAGAGACACAAGAGAAGCAGGUGAACGCUGUGCCUGAGUCGAAGGAGCCCGCACCGAGCGCUACAACAGAGGCUUCUGAAAAGGCUCCGGCUAAGCAAGCUGAAGAUGAGGAGGAGUACAACGAAGAUGAAGAUGAGGACUUUGUCGUCGAUGAGGACGACGAGGAAGACGACGAUGAGGAGGAAGAAGAGGAUGAUGACGAAGACGACGAUGAUUACGAAGAUGAUGAAGAGGGAGGCGCAGGAGAGAAGGCAGGUGAAUCGAGCGCCGGCAAGCGCAAGGCCGAGGAUGACGAUGAAGACGACGACGACGAUGACGACGACGACGAUGAAGAGAAAGACGAUGACAAAAAGGAGCCUGCCAAGGUGGCGCGUACUGAGUAG